AUGAGGUUUGUUCUGGAGAACAAUAGCUGCGAGCUGCCGUUCUACUACACGAAUGGUGAAAGAGUGAUGGUGCAAAUGUCGGUGGCGGCAGGUAAUACUCGCUACAUUCGAGUUUUCGAUCUUCCACCGGAGGUAACUGAUGCCGAGUUGUCUGCUGUGUUGGGAGUGUAUGGCACGGUGAAACGUGUUGUGCGUGAGCGCUUUCCAGCGGACAGUGGCCUAAACAUGUUUUCCGGCGUCCGGGGCUUGUACGUGGACAUCAAAAAAGAGAUCCCAGAAGCGCUCAUCUUCUGCGGUCGAAAAGGGCGGAUAUAUUUCGAUGGUAUGAAACCGAAAUGUUACUUGUGUAAAUCUGAAACCCACCUUAAGAAGGCCUGCCCGAAUAAACGGGCACAGCAAAGUGAAGUAGUACUCAAGCGGCGGGGGGAACAACAACCAGCACCAGCAACAAAAAUCAAAUCAAUAAAUGAUGGAGAUGCAGGAAUGGACGGGGCAGUAACCACCGGCGCAGCGAAUGUUGGUACCCGCAAACGGCAAAACAAAGGUGAAAAAAUUGCAAAGAGGACGGAUAAACGACAAUUGUCUACCCAUUCCUCUGAUUCCAAUAACCAGCCACAGGAGAAAAAGAAAACGGAGACGGUAAAUGAAGGCGACGACGACGGCGAUAGUAUAAUCACCGUUGAUGAUGACAUGCAGAGCAACCGCAGCUACAUUGGGGAACCGGAGGCAGAACAGGAAAGCGAAAGCGAGAGCGAUCUGGAGGUGCUUGAUUUCCAGCUUGCAACUACAGAAGAGAUCAAAGCGUGGAACGAUAAACGAGAACGGAUGUCCCGAAGACAGGCAAAAAACAUUGAGCGGUUAUUAAGUAAGCACAAAUAA